AUGAAUUUCAAUCAGGAGCUAGAAGACAUCCCUAAAGUCCACGUCCUUCUGAUCGGAGUCGAAAACUUGCCUGAUGAAAAGUUGCAGAUGUACUGUGAUAUCUUGGCGACUUAUUCAAAAAUUUCUCUUGAAUCUGUAAACUUUACCAAUGAAAUGAGAGAUCUUGCAUCAAAUUUUUCCAGCACAUAUUCAGAUGGAUAUGUCAACUAUAAAUUUCAUAUAAAAAAUGACAUUGGGGCAAGUUAUCCUCUUCAUUUGUUUAAGAACUUCCUUGUGGUGUUUGGGAUAGGAGAGCAUGUGAGCGAUAUCAUGUCAAGUUAUUAUUUUAUCUCAAAAACAGCUGGAAGCAUACCGAGCUGCAGGCUUUGGCGACUUUUAUGCUUUGAGCCUAAUGAAGAUGAUAGUAAAUAUUAUUUUCCCUGUCACAGCACCUGGCUAAGAGUAUCCAGCUGGGUCAAGACAAAGCGACUGAAGCAGAUCAGUGAAGGCUGAGAAGAGUAAGUGGCGAAAAAAACCCAAACCUGUAUCUCUAACUACACGGACUGCACAUGCCACCAGCCUUAAUCGGAGAGGAGAGCGUUGGAGCCUGGAGGGUGGGUUGUUAAUGUCUUAGGGUGAGAUUGAUCGUUCUGAUCAGAAAUUUAAAGUUAAUAGAUAGUAAAUAUGAGCAAGAAGCUAAAAAUUUGAUUUUAUUUCACCCUGGACUUGCUCAUGAUAGAUUGUGUGCCAGCGUUGAAAUUGUGCUGCAAGACCUAACAGGGAUGCUUAUAGCAGAAUUUGGGAGAUUAGCUGAAGAGAUGCAUGUAAAAGAGUGUAUUUAUUUGCCUGAUGAAAAUGAUUUCGCAAAGCUUAAGAAAAAGAAGAAUGGGAGGUAUAUCAAAUUAAUUGGCGAUCUGUGCUUAUUGUUGGGAAGCUUGAUAGAAGCUAAUGAAGAGUACGUAAAAGCAUUAGAAGCAGAAAAUAAAACAAGUGAUUGGCUUUGGGUAGCAGCAACUUAUGAAUCAAUAGCAGCGACUGAACUUAUGCUUUCUUCUGGGCAAUAUCAGAAUCUUGAAGCAAUUUUAUCAAAAUUGGGGGAGGCUAAGUUUAAUUACACGAAAGCCAAAAAUCCGAUGCUAGCGAUAGAAUGCCAGUACAGAAUGGCGAAACUUUAUAUAAACUCAGGCCAAAAAUUCAAAGGAAUAGAAAUUAUGACUAGAGUUUUAGACUCUGAAAUAGAUGGAGUCGAUCAAUAUGAUAGAGUUUAUGUAGCUAAAUCAUUAGGAGACUUGUGCAAAUCUCUUGGCUAUCAUCGGAAAUCAGGAUUUUUUUAUAAACUUGCUGCUCAUAAAUGCUAUGAUAAUAUGAAUUAUCAAGAUGCUUUAAAGCUAAUGGACGAGGCUGCUGAGUCUUAUCAUAUUAAAAAAGGGGAAGAGGGGGAAACUGCAACAAAAUUAAAGUUUAAGUUUAUGAUAACUCUUCUAGUCCCACACUUCUUGGCCUCAGCCUCUGAAUAACGGGAUCUGGGCCGGCCUAACCGUCAAAACUGUUUCUGUCCCCAAGCCCCUAGGACCUCUUCUGAUCUACAGUGCAGACCCAUACUCUUGAUCCGAGACUCUCAAAAGUCGUGAUCUUCUUUCACUGAACUAGGAUGUAGGACCUGAGCCCGACCCUUAACUGACAUUUUUAACUGUCACACACAAAAUUAAAAGCAGACAGUUCAUUUAAUUGAACCAUCCAUAACCAAAGAGAAAAUAUGAAGCCUUGAGUAAGAGGCCAGUAUCAAGGGUGGAAAAACUUACAGAAACUUACAUUAGAAUACCUCAAAGCCCUUUCAAAAAAGGUAUCUAGCUCCGCAAAUAAGGGAAGCACAGUCAAAUAUACAUGAGACCUUUUAGCUAUUUUACACUCUUCUUUCACUCCAGAGUUGCAAACACAACUGAAGCUAGAAAUAGAACAAGAUGCCAUUCACGUGCCCUCAGAGCAUUUGUUUCGGCCGCUAGUUCAGCUGACAAGCUUGAAGCCACAAAAAUAUUCUUUGGAAGUGAAUAUAGAAAACGGCGAUUCCCCUUUUUUGUUCAACCCAUUUCCUGAUAAAGGUUUGAACUGGAUCACUGAUUGUCUUAACAUUGUUAGAGCUGUCAUGCAUAAUCCUCUUUCUUUUGAUGUUCCUUUAGAUCAUACACGACUGCUAGUAGAAGGCGCUGCUGAAUGCUGUCCAAGUAAUAAUUAAUUAGCUUCACAUACACUUCCUGCACACUCCACUGAGAGUUUUGAGUACUAUAUUGUUCCAAAAACCCUAGGAAAUUUGAAAAUUGUAGGAGUGCAUAUGCAGAUGCUAGGCUUAAACUGCACUAUUCAAGUAGAUCCAAUUGAAAUCGAAGUAAUGCAGAGACUGCCUGAGCUAAAGGUCCAAGCAGACCAAAACAAAGUUGUCAUGCUAUCUUCAGAGCUUCGCACUAUAAACCUAAGCAUUAAAAAUAUCAGCAGUGAGCCAUUGGGAAAUUUCAAAAUUUACUGUGAGCCUUCAGAAGUUGCAACUUUUGAUACAGAGCAGCUUGAAACUUUGAAAACCCUUCGAAGCAACUCACAAGCUCAGCUUCAGGUCACCCUAAACGCCUAUAAAGACUCAACUAAUGUGAAGUUUUCUAUCAGAUAUAGCAACUCAGAAGGGAAAAUCUGGCUUUCUGACUCAGUUUCACUGUUUAUGGAAGUCAUAGCUGGAGUAGAGAUUCUAGAAUCCCGAAUGGAGCCUCUCUUUGAAUACUCCUGGUGGGAAGACCUUCAUAAAGUUAAUCCUUCAAUGUCAGAAAUUGGCAACUCCUUUGGGCACCGAGAUAAGGACCGAGGAAUUAACGAUCAUUCAUUUUGCAAGUUCAUUGUGAAAGUGGUUAACAGAAGCAAAGAUGACUUAGAAAUUUCAGCCUUAAUUACAAACCUUUCACUAGUUGAGUCUCAGCAAGUGAUUAUCCCUCCUGAGCAGACUCAUGAAUUGUCAUUGCUUUUAGAGAGAUUUGAAAAUGUCACAGUUAUUGAGCUAAAUAAAAGGAUUUCAAUUGAAUGAAGAAGUUUAGGGAAUAAUAGAAGAGGGAAAAUUGAUAAUUUACCAUAUGAAACACCUUUAUUUAUUUAUGCUGAACAGCCUAAAGUUAAAUUUAGCGCUGUCCAUGGUAAUGAUGGACCUUUUAAAAAUGUUUGAAUUAAGGUGACGUUUGAAGAAGAUCACAAAGGGGAUUAUCUAUAUUUAUAUCCGCUUAAAAGAUUGCCUGAUGGAAAUAAGAAACUAUUGCCGCAGGAUCUUAUACUUAUUGGGUCUUUAGCAAUAUCUCUGAAUGAAGGAGAAAAGGAGUGUGUGCAUGAAUUAAAAUAUUUACCAUUAGAAAAGUUUGGAUAUUGCUUAGUUGCGGCAGUAGGCAGCAAAUCUUGUGUAAGAUGGUGGAGUCAUGAAAGUUGGGAGCUAUAA